AUGAGGUCUUUCUUUAGUCAAUUGCUAUGGCCUUAUCGGUGUAUGCAAAUCCGCAAACAUGACCCGUUUUUGGUCGAUGCGGACAAGAUCAAGAGGUCGGCUUUGGAUGAGAGACGGAGGUCAAAUGAGAUUAUGAAGGAGGCAGUCGCCAACAUCGAUCCAUAUCGUUACAAAGUUGCCGAGAAGGACUUUGCGAAAGACGAUACAAUGCUAACUCAAUUUGGUGCUAAGAAGGAGGAGGUAGAGAAGAUAAGGAAGAAAAUCAACAGUGAUAUUGAGAGGGCAAAGGCGGGCACUUAUAUGACCAAAAACAAAACAAAAAACAUUACUCAUCCAUAA